GAAUGUUUUCAUAAGUGGCGACAUCAACAUAACCUGUCUUGCCGCCGGUUGAUGUGUGUUAACAAAUAAUAAUAUUUUCAAAUAAACUUUAGUAAUUGAAUAUAUGUUACAAGUUUAAGUUAAUAAUUAAAUUAAAUCAUGACUACUAAUCCGCGUAAAGGUACCGAACCGGCACCUAUGGAAGAAAGUGAUCAACUGACCAUAAGGCCAUUAGGUGCUGGUCAGGAAGUAGGCAGAUCAUGCAUUAUGUUAGAGUUUAAAGGGAAAAAAAUUAUGCUGGACUGUGGUAUUCACCCAGGGCUGUCGGGGAUGGAUGCGCUCCCAUUCGUAGAUUUAAUAGAAGCAGACGAAGUUGAUUUAUUAUUAAUUUCACAUUUCCAUUUAGACCACAGCGGAGCUCUGCCAUGGUUCUUAACUAAGACUUCUUUCAAAGGCAGAGUGUUUAUGACUCACGCCACAAAAGCCAUCUACAGGUGGCUUGUGUCCGAUUACAUCAAAGUUAGCAACAUCUCGACGGAGCAGAUGCUGUACACGGAGUCGGACCUGGAGGGCUCCAUGGACCGCAUCGAGACCGUGAACUUCCACGAGGAGCGCGACGUGCGCGGCGUGCGCUUCUGGGCCUACAACGCCGGCCACGUGCUGGGCGCCGCCAUGUUCAUGAUCGAGAUCGCCGGCGUCAAGGUUUUGUAUACCGGUGACUUCUCUCGACAAGAAGACAGACAUUUGAUGGCAGCAGAAAUCCCUACAGUGCAUCCCGAUGUACUUAUUACUGAGUCGACGUACGGCACUCACAUCCACGAGAAGCGCGAGGAGCGCGAGUCGCGCUUCACCGGGCUGGUGUCGGACAUCGUGCAGCGCGGCGGCCGCUGCCUCAUCCCCGUGUUCGCGCUGGGCCGCGCGCAGGAGCUGCUGCUCAUACUGGACGAGUACUGGUCUCUCCACCCCGAACUGCAAGACAUUCCUAUCUACUAUGCGUCAUCUCUCGCUAAGAAGUGUAUGGCGGUAUACCAGACUUACGUGAACGCUAUGAAUGAUCGCAUCCGGCGGCAAAUAGCCGUCAACAACCCGUUCGUGUUCCGGCAUAUAUCCAACUUGAAGGGUAUAGAUCACUUUGAAGACAUAGGUCCAUGUGUGAUCAUGGCGUCGCCGGGUAUGAUGCAAUCUGGUCUAUCCAGGGAGCUCUUCGAGUCCUGGUGUACCGACCCCAAGAAUGGAGUUAUUAUAGCUGGUUAUUGUGUGGAGGGAACGUUAGCUAAGACAAUCUUGUCGGAGCCCGAAGAGAUCACGUCGAUGUCGGGUCAGAAGCUUCCGCUCAAGAUGUCCGUGGACUACAUCUCGUUCUCAGCUCACACGGACUAUCAACAGACUUCUGAGUUCAUUAACAUCCUGAAACCACCCCAUGUCGUGCUGGUGCACGGCGAACAGAACGAGAUGUCGCGGCUGAAGGCGGCGCUGCAGCGCGAGCACCGCGGCCGCCUGCAGCUGCACACGCCGCGCAACACGCAGCUGCUGUCGCUCAUCUUCCGCGGCGACCGCACCGCCAAGGUGAUGGGAUCGCUGGCUAUGGAGCCGCCGGUGCCGGGACGACCGCUGCAGGGUAUUUUGGUGAAGAGGAACUUCAAUUACCACAUCUUGGCUCCUUCAGAUCUCAAUAAGUACACGGAGCUGUCGCAGUCGGGCGUGCAGCAGCGCGUGUGCGCGCACUUCCCGGGCGGCGCGGCGCAGCUGCGGCACGCCGUGCUGCGCGUGGCGGCGCCCGUGGCCUUCCUCAGCGAGGCGCGCUGGCGCCUGUACGGCUGCCUCGACCUGGCGCUCGACCUGCCGCUCGUCACGCUCGAGUGGCAGGCGCAGCCGGUGGCCGACAUGUUCGCGGACGCGGUGCUGGCGGCGCUGCUGGGCGCUUCGGCCACCGCGCCCGCACACCCGCCACUAGCUCCGAAACUCGACCGCAUGCACUUUAAGGAGUGCGUGAUCGAGAUGUUCCAGGAGAUGUUCGGCGAGGACGCCGUGCCCAAGAUGUUCAAGGGUGACAAGUUGUAUGUGGAGGUGGCGGGCAAGAAAGCUCAUGUAGAUCUUCUGGCUAUAGAGGUGACAUGUCCCGAAGACGAAGGGUUAGAGCGAAGCGCGCAGGCGGCGCUCAGUAAGCUGUACGCGGCGCUGGCCCCCGUGCGGCCGCCGCCUGUACCUGCCGACGAGCCCGGCCUGGAACCGGCACCUGCACCUGCACCUGUACCUCCGCCUGCACCUGUACCUGCACCCGAGACCGCCUGACCGCACGCGACCCCGUGGGACGAGCCCGAGUGAUCGUGAUGAACUGUAUUAAGAACUAAUUAGUGAUGUGUUGUGUAUGGACUUAUUUGUCUUUUAUAAAAGAUCUAAUAAUGUUGUGUAGCACUUGGACUUACCUAAAGUUUGGGUAGAUGAGAUGAGAUGGGAGUUUAUUGUAAUACUUAAAAUGUGUAAGUGUUAUUUUUAUAAGUGUAAUAAAUUAUGAGUGUAGAGUGUAAUUAAUUAAAAA